AUGAAAUCCAUGGAGAUCUUCUUCCACGGGGCCACUGGCCGAGCCACCGCCUGGAAUUUGACAUUUGAGGAUAGACAUUUUCCUGAGAUCAUCUCUGUCAGUUCAAUGGAAGGAACACUUCCUGCCAGUCUGCUUGGGCCAAACGCAAAGAGCUACACUUCUGAUCUUGACAUUUCUUCAAGUUCUGUGGAAGAAAUAAGCACCUCUAAGUUAAGUAAAGAAAAUAUUGCACAUGAAGUGAAAUAUAAUGAGAGGCAUAUUGAAGAAAUCUGUAUAUGCUGUGGAGGGUUUGAGAUUCACACUCAACAUCCUUUGUUUCAUGGCGGAAUGUGUGCUCCUUGUUCGGAAAGGUUUUUUGAAAGAUUCUUCCUGUGUGAUGAUGAUGGCUACCAAGCUGAUUGUACCAUCUGCUGCUGGGGCAAAACUCUAAUAAUGUGUGAUCAUUCAGCAUGUCACAAAUGCUUUUGUGAAGAAUGUGUGGACACCCUUGUUUAUCCUGGGUGUGCAGAAGAAAUAAAAGAAACAACUACCUGGAUAUGCUUCAUGUGUGCACCUCAAUAUGUAAAUGGAUUGCUAAAGAGGAGAAUAAAAUGGCAUGCAGUUCUGAAACAUUUCUAUGAUCAAGAAUCCAACAGCCCUAAUAUAUGGAUAUAUCAGCUAUUGUCUCCAUGGGAGAGAAAGUCAAUCCACGUGCUUUCACUUUUUGACAAUAUUACAGAGGAAUUGAAAAGCUUUGGGUUUUUAGGGGAAAGGAGAGGCAAUGGGUACCUAAAGUACAUGGACGAUGCCACAGAUGUGAUAAGAACAAAUAUAGAAGAAUGGGGUCCAUUUGAUUUUAUUUUUGGCUCAACUCCUCCUGUAGCAAAAUUUUAUAAACAUCCAUCUGCCUGGUAUUUUUACCAAUAUUUUCGUAUACUUCAGUAUGGAACUCCUGAAGAAAAUAAUAAGCCAUUUUUUUGGCUAUUUGUAGACAACAUUGUCUUGGAUGAAGAAGAGAGAGACGCAGCUUCUCGCUUUUUUCAGAUGGAAGCAGUUCUCAGAUAUAAACAAGAUGACAGCAAUGUCCAGAAUGCAGUGCGUAUCUGGAGCAACAUUCCAUCUGUUAAUAGCAAAUACUCUGCUUCAGCAUUGAACAUGGAUUUAUCUCUCUUAGCAGACAACAUUUGCAGAUCUAGAAUUUUCCCUCAACGUCCUGCUACACUGAUUAGAGAGUUUUUUGUUCCUUUGAAAGACUAUUUUAGGGCCUUUUCAUAAGUCAAUCUUUUGCCUUGAAUCCAAAGCAAAGGUGACUUUUGCAAUCUGACUUUUAAAGAGUAUCUUGCUGUGCAGAUGAAAUUAUGUUCAAUAUGAAGAUCAUUUUCAGUAUUUGUUUAUAACAAUUAUGUUCAUGAUGAACAUAAUUUCAUCUCCAGAUUCAUUUGCAUCAAGCUACUGAUCAAGCUCUUCUUCUCCUAAUCUGUUUGCAAUAUGGUUUAAAACAUUUAUAGACAUAUUAUUGCUAUGUCAUCCAACUAUUGCCUUUUAAAUUUCAGUUUAAAUC